CACUCCGCUGCUGUCCUUAGCUUGCUGCUAUCCUUGCUGGAUGCUCCCACUUGAUACACUGUUUUCUGGGAAAAGUGGGUUAAAAUGAAGAACAGAAAAAGGUCCAGCUAACGUUAGUUUUUCCAAACUCCAGACGUCGUGCAGGUAGAUUAUACGUCACCGUACAACAAAGUAGAAGCUUUACUGCUGAUUAAGUCAACAAGGAAGCGACGUUAGCUCGAGGAAGCAACUGUCAGUUUGUAUGGUAGAGUGUAACUCACAAAGAAGCGUUUCCACUCAUUUACAGUACAGGAAGUCAUGAAGCUGAUGAACAGACACAGUGAAGGGUCUUUCCUGGUGUGGACCCUGGCUGUUCAGCUGCUCCUGUGUUGGUGUGGGGUUUACACCACCGACAGCGCCAAGAAUUGUAAACUGUACAAGGACUCUGAGUCAGAACGGAAAGUCCUCAACCGAUUAGAGCCACUUGCAGAGAGGAACUUCACAGUGCAGACCUCGGGGGAACCUGAGACUUACACAUAUGUGUUCCAGUUUUGCGGGGACGCAUGGGGUGUUCCGGGAGCCGGGGUUGUUCAGUUGGAUGACAAGACCAAAGAUAAGAAACCAAAAAUUAUUGGCUCUUACAAUGCAACACAGGCCUAUGGUGGAACUGACUGGGUGAUGCUAAUCUACGGAGAUGGCGAAAAAUAUGAUGCCCACUGCUCAAAGGAAAACAGGAGAGCUAUUAUCAUGAUCUCUUGCAACAGGAACAUGGAUGUGGGCCAGCUGGCGUCCGUGCUGGAGGACAGGGAGAGGGAACAAGGCUGUUUCUACCUUUUUGAGCUGGACUCCAGUGCAGUGUGCCCACCUUUGGAAUCGAAGCUCAGCCCUGGCUCCAUAAUACUCAUCAUUGGGGUUUGUAUUGUGGCUGUCUACCUCAUUGGAGGUUUCCUCUAUCAGAGACUGAUUGUUGGAGCCAAAGGGAUGGAGCAGUUUCCAAAUUAUGCUUUCUGGGUAGAAGUUGGUAACCUGACAGCAGACGGCUGUGACUUUGUGUGUCGGUCGCGAAGUCGGGAGGAAGCCCCUGCCUACAGGGGCGUGUCCACAGAGCCACUAGAAGAAGAGCCAGAGGAGAGAGAUGACCACUUACUUCCAAUGUGACCUCAAUAUGCCAGGAACAGGACAGAUAUGACACUGUGUGACGCAGCUUUCUCUUUUACAGGUUAGAUGAAGUCAGACACAAGUCUUGUUUAUCUUGUGCCGGUUAAAGGUCAGGACCUGUCAACACUUUGUGUAUUUUCCAGACUUGUGCCUAGAAUUACUACUGUGUGAUCUGCCUGUCACUUUGGAGAGGAUGUUAUUUCUGUGGCUGACAGGCCUGUCUCCUCCAUGCAACUCAUUCAGCUGUUUGAUGUCAAACAUCUAACAGCUGAUGUUAAUACAAGAUUAACCAGUGACAGCAAAGAGUGACAUUUAUUCCAUUUAAGUCUUGCAGAAAAAGGAGAGGUUAAGAGCCUGGAUUUUUCAUGAUAUGAACUUCAUGAUUUAUUGCUAAUAAUUGUUUGAAGUUGGUGCGGGAUGCAGUGAUUUGUUUUCCUGAAAUACUGAUUGUGUGCACUGAAAGUUCAGGUUACGAAACAUAUGUUUUUUGAUGCAUAAUUUUGCCGCAAAUUUUUUUUCUUUUCAGAAAGUUAGACAGUUUGCUAAGGUUUAAUUCUAAGUACUUACAGCUUUGCUAAACUAGUACAAAUCUCUUCAAAACCCACAGUUUGACUGAAUUUAUAUUUUUGUUUGGAUGCUUGUCCUUCUCCGACAUUAUAGGGAAAAGGCUUCUGCUUAUAUAGCUUAUAAUUAUUUGAUAUAGCAACUAAUCUGAGUGCAAAAGUUGUUGCUUUACAGCCAUUUGUAUUAGUUUGGCCAAAAAUGUUUGUGGGACACCAUAAAAAUGGUGUCUGAAUAAAAACAUACAACUAAAA